GGCUGUGCUGCAUAUCACUAUGGAAAAUCGGGUGCCUGCCCGUAGAUACUGGAUAUAAAUAUCGUUCUUUCUCAAGGGAAAAUUCAACAGACAAAUUCACGAGACAACGUUGACAUCCGACAAUCAUGUUUGUUGGCUCGCUACAGUUGCUGUCCCUUUUUGUCUCAGUCAGCCCUUCUCUGGCUGGACUCGCCCCUGCAAACACAACCAGUGCACUUGAGUGCCGAUGCGGAGUGCGCCAGGCUCUUACCCUUCCGCACGCCAACAUUACAGACCCCGAGGAAGCAAAACGAUGCGCCAGCUAUAAGCUGAUCGAUGCCCGUGGCACGACCGAACCACAAGGCGUGUCGAGCAUGUUUUUCCCCGUCAUCGAGAACAUCCUCGCCAACAAGACCGGUGGAGUCAGCCUCCCCGUGGAAUACCCAGCUGCGCUGAACCAGAACACAACCAGUGGCGAAGAAUUUGUGAUUGAUACGAUCACCACUGGCCUCUUGUCAUGUCCACAGCAGACAUACGCGUUGUUUGGGUAUUCCCAGGGCGCCUCGCUGAUGCUGAACGUUCUCGCCCGACUCAACGCCCGGGCCUUGGAAGCAGUGACGUCUGUUAUUCUUGUCGGAAACCCCUACCGAGUUCCUGGAAAGAUGUCGAACGUAGAUGAAACUGCUCAACACGACUCCAGCUCCUCUGUAGGCUGGUUCGCAGCGCAAGCCAUCGCCAGCAAUAGCAGCAGCACCAUUCCUCAACUCGCCCCGGAGGUAGACAGAAGCCGCAAGGUGCUUGAUUAUUGUAUCGAGGGCGACAUGGUUUGUGCGCAGAACCCUAACUGCCAAUGCCCGAUCCCUGCCGGUCACCUUUCGUAUGGCCUGGUUGAGUCUGUGCAGAAAACUGCCUUUGAGCAUGUGGUUGGUCGGCUUUAGACAGCUGGGUUAAUGACAGUAUCUGAUCGGAGCAUAUGUAUAGAGGUAUUGUAGUUCAAAUGUAUAUCCAGCAACUUUAUAUAUUAUGCCUUGCAUCAUUAAUGGCAGAUGAUGCACCGAAUUUAG